CUAAACUUGAUUGAAGCUCGAAGCGGUCCUUCCACGAUGUCAAGGACUGGUUGUUGCUUCAUUGCUGCUCUUUUGUUCUGUGCCAAGCAGCCAAGCAGCCGUUCCAGCCGCAACAAGGCGAAGCAAGCGACGACGAUGACGACGACGCACCUGCUGCACCUCGAUCUCAGCACAAGAGGUGUCGGCUUUACCAUUGCUGGAGGCACAGACAACCCGACUCCACAAGGGAACACGGACCUUGUGAUCCAGCACGUCCAUGAGGAUGGGGCGGCCAAGGCGGCGGGACUCCAAGUUGGCGACAGGCUGCUGGCGGUGAAUGGCAAGUGCUUGCUUGACCUCAACCACACAACGGCUGUCGAUCUCAUCAGGGACGCCAUUUCCGCUCAGUUCGUGACGCUGUGGAUAUCGCGGAAGCACAGCCACAGUGAUAGCGAUGAAGACACGGCGUCAGACAAUCUCAAUGCCUCGCCUUAUGCCACGACAUCCCCCACAACCACAACCACAACCACCGCCACAACCACGGCGGAAACCCCGGCAACCGCAACAACAGCAACAGAGGCAGCGGCAGCGGCGAAGACAGCCAGUCGCCGGCAUGCACGGUGCAGCAAGUGCGACGCGAGCACAGAUGGUGGCACUGGGCUGGACAUGUCGCUGUGUCGGGAGCGAUGGCGCAUGGCUCGACGUGCGUACCGCAAGCACGAUCCUGAGCUGUCUCGCCUCGCACAUGAGCUCGACACCAACCCAGAGCUUCACAAAGCGGAUGAGGGGCAAUACAUCAAGGCGGCCGUGUUUGGCGGGCUGGACGGCAUCAUCACCACCUUUGCCACCGUCGCCUCCGUUACCGGCGCAAACCUCUCCAUCGGCGUCGUCAUCAUCAUGGGCUUUGCGAACCUGAUCGGAGACGGGCUAUCCAUGGGUGUGGGCGAAUAUCUGAGCGCACAGUCUGAGCUGCAGUAUGCCGUGUCGGAGCGCAACAGAGAGGAGUGGGAGUUUGACAACAACCCGUCUGGGGAAGUGAGAGAGAUGCUGGAGCUGUAUCGCAAGCGCGGGUUUUCCACACAGGACGCCAUGCAGGCCAUCAGCGUCAUGGUGCAGCACCCAGACUUCUUCAUCGACCACAUGAUGGUGGAGGAGUUGGGGCUCAUGCCGCCAGACACGAGCGUCUCACCCGCACGCAAGGGCCUGGUCAUGUUCACAGCAUUCGUCGUUUUUGGUCUCAUCCCCCUCCUCUCGUAUCUGGUGCUGAGCAGCAUCAGUUUUGGAGGGCACAAGAACAGCGUGCUGUUUGGGAUUGCGUGUGCGUUGACGGCAUUGGCGCUGUUCACGCUGGGUGCUGUCAAGAGCCGCUACAUCGGCCAGCGGUGGUACGUGAGCGGGCUCACCAUGCUUGCCAACGGCAGCGUCGCUGCGACAGCAGCCUUUCUCGUCGGCUACGGACUUGACUUUGUAGUCUCGGACACAGAGUGUUAAGCGAGUGGGCGCAAAGGUACAGGUUACAGAAAACACACACACACACACCUACACACACACACACACACACUCUCUCUCUCUCUCACACACACACACACACACAAACACCAACACACACCAACACACACACACACACACACACACACACAC